GCAACAGCGCCGGCGCGGGGCGGGGAAGGUGAACGCCUGCGUCGUUGCGCCUGCGCGGCGUGAAUCCUCAGGGAUCGCGCUCACUCCCAUAGUUCUAACUCCUCAGGGUCGGUAAAGACCCCCGGUUUCCGCUGCUGCUGUAGGUGCUCGACCAAGGCGCGAAGUUCGGCCUCUCUUAGUGCGGUCGCUGCCCCCAGCCCACCAAGGACGAUGGCGACAGCUGAGGUACUGAACAUUGGUAAAAAACUCUAUGAAGGUAAAACAAAAGAAGUCUAUGAAUUGUUAGAUAGUCCAGGAAAAGUCCUCCUGCAGUCCAAGGACCAGAUUACAGCAGGAAAUGCAGCCAGAAAGAAUCACCUGGAAGGAAAAGCUGCAAUCUCAAAUCAAAUUACCAGUUGUAUUUUUCAGUUGUUACAGGAAGCAGGUAUCAAAACUGCUUUCACCAAAAAAUGUGGGGAGACAGCUUUCAUUGCACCUAAGUGUGAAAUGAUUCCAAUUGAAUGGGUUUGUAGAAGAAUAGCAACUGGUUCUUUUCUCAAAAGAAAUCCUGGUGUCAAGGAAGGAUAUAAGUUUUACCCACCUAAAGUGGAGAUGUUUUUCAAGGAUGAUGCCAAUAACGAUCCACAGUGGUCUGAGGAACAGCUCAUUGCUGCAAAAUUUUGCUUUGCUGGACUUGUUAUAGGCCAAACUGAAGUGGAUAUCAUGAGUCAUGCUACACAGGCUAUUUUUGAAAUACUGGAGAAAUCCUGGUUGCCCCAGGACUGUACGCUGGUUGAUAUGAAGAUUGAAUUUGGUGUUGAUGUCACCACCAAAGAAAUUGUUCUUGCCGACGUUAUUGAUAAUGAUUCUUGGAGACUCUGGCCAUCAGGAGAUCGAAGCCAACAGAAAGACAAACAGUCAUAUCGUGACCUCAAGCUAGUAACUCCUGAAGGGCUCCAGAUGGUAAAGAAAAAUUUUGAGUGGGUUGCAGAAAAAGUAGAGUUGCUUCUGAAACCAGAAAGUCAGUGCAGGGUUGUUGUAAUGAUGGGCUCAACUUCUGAUCUUAGUCACUGUGAAAAAAUCAAGAAGGCUUGUGGAAAUUUUGGCAUUCCAUGUGAACUUCGGGUAACAUCUGCCCAUAAAGGACCAGAUGAAACUCUGAGGAUUAAAGCUGAGUAUGAAGGGGAUGGCAUUCCUACAGUAUUUGUGGCAGUGGCUGGCAGAAGCAAUGGUUUAGGACCAGUGAUGUCUGGGAACACUGCAUACCCAGUUAUCAGCUGCCCUCCCCUCACUCCAGACUGGGGAGCUCAGGAUGUGUGGUCUUCUCUCCGACUACCCAGUGGUCUUGGCUCUUCAACCAUACUUUCUCCAGAAGGAUCAGCUCAGUUUGCAGCUCAGAUAUUUGGAUUAAACAACCAUUUGGUAUGGGCCAAACUGCGAGCAAGCAUAUUGAACACGUGGAUUUCCUUGAAGCAGGCUGACAAGAAAAUUAGAGAGGGCAAUUGAUAAGAAAGAACAUCAUUGUAUUUUUUUAGGAGAAAAACCAAAUUUCUAGUUUAGCCACAGGAAAAAAAGCAAGCAAGAUGAAGAAUUUAAAUCAAUCAGAAAACAAAUGAAAUUUAUUAGUGAAUAAGUGCUUCUCUAGAUUCAUGGAUUAGGAGAAUAUACGUACAUAUUUAAGAAUAUUUUAAAAUGAAUAUCCACUAUAUGGUCAUUGUUACAUAAUAUAAUCAAAUGUAUUUGCUUAACAAUGCUAAUAAUGUCCUAUUAUAGAGCUCUGAAGUUACUACUUGGCCUUCUAUAUAUCAGCCCUUAAGUUUUAGAAAAUUAAAAUGGUUGUAAUCUUAGAAAGUGUGGUAAGAGCAAGGUAGUUCUCUUAAAUUGAUCUUUACAAAAUUCUAAGGUCAUGGUUUUAUAUUUGCAGUCAGUAUCUCAGAAAAUGAUGUACAUUUAUCUCUAGCUAUUGAUAGAGAUAUUUUAUUUUGAUUUUUUUAAAGAAAAAUUGAGAUUGGUCCUAGGAGUAGGGAGGACACAUGAGAUAAGAUGAAGGGGUACUGUGGAAGCCAUGGAAAGGGGACUUUUCUGAGAACUUUGAUGGGUGUCAUGGCAACUUGCCAUGGAAAAAAAGUAGAUCCACCUUUGCCAUUCCAAAUGAAAGAUUUAGCAAAUCUUUCUUGGCUAUGGCAGGUGUCUCUGAAUCAUAAAAUUAUUUUAAUUGUGAUAAUACAUAUUUUAGCCACACUAACUAUCCCCAGGAUACCAUCAUUUUCAGAAAAUUAGAAUCUCCCCAUUGAUAACCAUAACUAGUUUCUUUCUGUAAGUCCAGGCAGUGUACCCAGCAGGAUUCACUUCUGAAGGAGCAGUUGUUAAUGAGAGGUAUUGUAGUUCAUCAUUAAUCUAUAAACCAUAUAGAUUAGUAUUUCGACAUGUUAUAUUAUGCAGGACUGAGAAUUUUAUAGAUCACUACUUUCAUCCAAAUAUCCAUGAACCCCUUAAACUUACAUGUAUAAAAUUUUAUGUAUAUGCUUUUAUGAAAAGGGGGCAAUUACAGUUUUAUCAAAAGGAUCUGUGUCCACAAGAAUGUUAAGAAUCUCUGCUACAGUUAAAAUCUUGAUAAGACCCUGGCCACUGGCCUACUGUCUACACUUUUCACCUCUCUCAAAUGUUAACAAGCUGGCAUCUCUUAUCACCACUCACCUGAUCUCUGGUGGGGUGUGAUUGACCUAACCACUUCUUUCUUGGGCUAGACACCAAGAUAUUCCAAGCUCUCAGUCAUUUCUCAUAUUACUAUUUCUCUUUAAGCGUUGAUGUUGCCUACUACUGAGUAUCUCCAUUGUUAACAAAUAAUGAUCUUAACUCCUUCAACAAAACUAGCAUUACUGAGUCCCAGCUCUGUGUCUGUAGACUUGUAUUUUCAACUAUCCAUUUCUGAGUGCUCCAAACUUAAUUCAUCAUCCACUAAGCCUAGAACUGGCUACAUUCGCUGUCUCAGAUCAAAAUUUUGAUUUCAUCCUUGAUGUUUUCAUGACCUUUUGCAUCUAACUCAUCACCAAGUCUUGAAUUUAUUACCGUUUAACCAUCCUCUGCACAAGUCUCAAGUAGGGGUCGAAGUCUACAUUAGCCUGAUCUAGGAGGUCUUCAUUCUCAGCCUAACCUUUUGAAGUUGAUUGCCCAAGGACUUACAACAUAAACUCUUCAAAUCUAUUUUGCAACAUAGACUCCUUUGAAAAAAUGAAUGCUGUUGACCUCCCUAGAAAAUUGCACACAAGUCACCAGAUUUCAUUGGUUCUUGGUUCCCUUGAAGCGUGUUGGUCUGUAGGUUAAGAACUGCUGAUGUAACUGAUCAAGAGAACUUGCUUUCCUAAUUUUUGGACCAUCACUUAUGUACUAUUAGUUCUUAGAAUGUCCUCAUUUAUAUCAUUAUAAUGUUAUUAGAGUUUUAUCUUCACUGUCUCCAUGAAACCUUCCCUAAUCACCUGUAGCUACAAGGGCUACAAGUAGUUCUUUAUUGGAUUGUAAGCUGAGAAAAUUUUAUACUUUAUUCCCCUUACACUGCCUUGUGAUCUGAUAAGCUAUGCCUGUCAGAGAUGUGGGAUUGUAAAAAUUAUGUAUUGCUUAAUUUUCUUACGUUCACAAGAAUAAUUUAAAAGAUAUGAUUUUAACAUCUUUUAACUUUGACUUCAUGGUCACUCCAGUCAUUGACUAUUUGGGCUUUUCUCCCUGCCUAGCAAAAACUUCACCUGUUCUGUGCAGUACCUGAAAAUUUUCAAACAUGAUUUAGACUGGUGGAUAGGAUUGAUCAUUUUCAAUAGUAAUUGUCAAUUUCACUAUUAAUUUCUUACUAGAGUACAUAUAUCCUCAAUAAUUCAGUGCUGGAGUAGAUACUUGUUUGAAAUAUUUUGAAAAACUUUGUAAAAAGUAACUUACAGAAAUCUUACUAGUUUGCCAUCUUGGGUGUUUUAUACUUUCUAUGGGCUUAUAGCUAAACAUGAAAAAGAGGAAGAAUUGUGCCCAGUAAUGUGGCAUUUAAACUUUGUAUCAUAAAGACACUGUUGUUUUAAUGCAGUCUGAAAUUUAAAUAUUGCAGCCAAAUAAAAGACAAAGAUCAA